AUGGCCUACAUGUUUCCAAAUAAUUUUACACAUAGCAACUUCAGGAGUGUAGUCAAGGCUGAGAAUAAGAAGCUUGUCAACAAUUGGAAGGCCAUCUCUAUAUUCCAGAAGCAAGAUGCCCCCAACGUCAAAUGGGAUGAUGCUAGUAAUGAAUAUGUUGUGAAGUCCAUUGAACCUGGGGCUCACUUGAUGAUAAAAGGGUCAUCAUCUCUGCCCUUUGUUGUAACAUCUGAAUAUUUAUGGUGCUCCGCUCUCAGCACACUUUCCAUCCCAGAUUUCCUGAACUAUGAGAAGUAUAACAACUUUUUCAAGAUUGUCAGCAAUGCCUCCUGUACCACCAGCUGCUUUGCUUCCCUGAUGAAAGUCAUCCUAGAUGAUUUUGACAUCAUGGAGGAACCACAGUCUGUCUCCUCACUGACACUCAGAAGACUGGAUAGCCCAUCUGGGAAACUGGUAUGACAGUGUGGGCCUAAUCAGAACAUCAUUCAUGCAUCUAAUGAAGCUGCCAACAGUAUGAGUGAAGUCAUCCCUAAAUUGAAUGGGAAGUUCACUAGCAUGGUUUUUUGUGUCCCCACCCCCAAUAUGUUGGGUAUGGAUCUAACUUACCACCUGGAGAAAGUUACCAAGUAUAAUGACAUCAAGAAUGUGAUAAAGCAGGUGUCAGAGGGCCUUCUCAAGGGCAUCUUAGGCUACACUGAGAAUCUUCAUGUCUCCUGUGACUUUAACAAUGACACCUACUCUUCUACAUUCGAUUCUGGGGCUGUCAUUGUCCUUGGUGACCACUUUGUCAAAUUAAUGUCCUGA